AUGUCGUCUCGCUUUGGACUCCGAUUCUUUCAGAAUUCGCGCGCGGGCUUCCGCAAUGCAUAUGGCCCCUUCCGCCGGCCUGGUGGCCAGGGAUUUCGUUUCCAGAGCAGUGGUGCUACUUCGGCUGAGAAACAGAGCCUGUUCCAGCGCCUAUGGAACAGUCCCGUUGGUGUGAAGACGGUGCAUUUCUGGGCUCCCGUUAUGAAGUGGGCUCUUGUUGUUGCCGGUAUCUCCGACUUUAGCCGCCCCGCUGAGAAGCUUUCCCUUACUCAAAAUGCCGCCUUGAUGGCCACCGGUGCUAUCUGGACUCGCUGGUGCAUGAUCAUCACACCCCGCAACUAUCUGCUCGCUGCCGUCAACUUCUUCCUCGGAUGCGUUGGUGUUGUUCAAGUCACCCGUAUCUUCCAGUACCGCCGUAGCCUGACUGGAUCGACGGCAGAGGCUGCUAAGGAAAUGGAGCAUGAGGUUGUGGAUUCAGCCAAGGCUGCUGUUCAUAAGGUUGAGAAGGUCGUUGAGAGGCCUACUUGA